AUGCCCAAAAACUGUCUCCCUCGGCAGGUUCUCUUCUCAGAGCUCUCCAUUGGCCAACGCUCAAAGGGCAGCCAAAGGAAAAGGACCAAAGGCCCCCGGAGCAGCAGCGCUUUCUCUGUCAUUGCCAGUCCUUUGCUGUGCGAGUCCAGAGUUGUCCCAGAGUUUCUUGCCAUCUCACACGUCUGCACGUUCAUCCACUUCCGGACAGAUGAGGUGAGCCAGGCAGAGAGAGCACCAGGCUUCGCUGUGAUGGCUGGGUUUCCCCCGUGUCCAGAUUGCACUCAUGUGGCCACCAAGGUGCCAGCAGGGUAUAAUGAGCUGGAGUUCCCGUUCGGUUGUCAGGCUGUUGGAAAUGAGAUGAGGCACAGGUUCAGCUCAUCUGACAUGCUGCCAUUACCGCUCUUCAAGCACGAAGACUCUGCGCUUUCUUCAGACCACGAAGCUAGUGCCAUCACAUUCCAGUACAUCCUGGGCGCAGCUACGUCACCUGCUGUUAAACUUCACGAGGAGACGCUCACCUACCUCAACCAAGGUCAAUCAUAUGAGAUCCGAAUGAUGUGUAAUCAAAAUAUGAGGGGACUGUUGGAAACAAAUGGGAAGAUGCUGAAGAGUAUAGUCAGGGUGCUCUUCCAUGACAGGCGCCUGCAGUACAGUGAACACCAACAGUUCCAGGGCUGGAAAUGGAACAGACCAGGAGACCGACUGCUUGACAUUGAUAUUCCUCUGUCAGUUGGAAUUGUCGACCCACGAAUAAACCCCACGUUGCUGAAUGCUGCAGAGUUUCUCUGGGAUCCAAAGAAACAAACCUCUGUCUCCAUUCAGGUUCACUGCAUCAGUACAGAAUUCACACCCAGGAAAAAUGGCGGAGAGAAGGGGGUCCCCUUCAGAAUUCAGAUCGACACCUUCAAGAUGAAUGAGAAUGGAGACUACACUGAGCAUCUGCACUCUGCGAGCUGUCAAGUUAAAGUGUUUAAGCCCAAAGGUGCUGACAGGAAGCUGAAGACCGAUAAAGAGAAAAUAGAGAAACGCUCGCCACAGGAGAGGUCCAAAUAUCAGGCAGCUUAUGAAACCACGGUCCUGACUGAGUGUUCUCCCUGGCCUGACACCCCAUCCUGUGUAAACAUUAGCCCAGCUGGAAGUCCAGGUUACAGCCCUGCCUCUCCAAUUCCAUUCAACCUUCCCGAGGGCAGCUGUUCAUCACCAAAUCAUCAGGUGGACGGAUCAGUACAGAGCACUAUGGAGCAUCUGUCCCCGACAUUAACAAUUCAGGAAACACAACAGUGGCUUCACCUACACCGAUUCACCACCUUCUGUAAACUGUUUGCAAAUUUCUCAGGUACUGAUCUACUUAAACUCUCACGUGAUGACAUCAUUCAAAUCUGCGGCCCAGCAGAUGGAAUCAGACUUUUUAACGCACUCCGACUGAGGUCCAUUCGGCCACGCCUCACUGUUUAUAUGUGUCAGGAGCCACAGCAGGGAAAGGAGAAGGAAGAGAGUCAAGGCUCCCCCAAUGCUGCCAUGUGUGUUUACAAGGAAAUCUACCUGGAAGAUUUAACCAAAGCUGAACUAACCAACAAGUUGGCAGCUCUGUUCAGCAUCUCACCAAACCAGAUCCUUCAGAUCUACAGACAGGGAGCAGCUGGGAUCCAUAUCCUGGUUGGGGACCAGAUGAUUCAGAACCUUCCAGAUGAAUCCAGUUUUAUAAUUAACUCACUGAAAGUGGACAGUUUGGAUGGCUACUAUAUGAUUUUAAAAUAGGAAGCAGGCAGCUUUACAUCUGAAAAUGAAACCAGUGAACUUUGAUCUUUCACUCAGAGCAUCUGGAGCACAGUUCAACCUUGUGAAACUUAUUGCACAAUCAGAUCAGCAAGUUAUAUCACAGAUCAGUACCUCCUUCCAAGCACAGCACUGAGUGCGGCAGACUGAUUCACCUUAAACGACCUUUGGGGUACAAGACUGCAUGACGAAAUGUUGAGUUCUUCCAGCAUGUGUUUAGAUCUACCAUUGACCAUAAGACAUAACAAUAUAGUCAAAACAUACAAAACUGCCGGUUCCCUUCCAUAUUCAUACAGCAGGUUUUGUUUCCAAAUGGUACCAGGUUUCAAUUCUAAAACUAUCCUGUGGAAACAAUUGUGUCCUUUUGGUGGACAUUGGGAGAGCAAA